AAAGAGGUGGUUCCAAGUCGUCUUCUCCACUUAAAUCGAUCAACAGGGUUCUCCUCAAAGUAUCUUUAAUCCGAAGAGUCUCUUAAUUACAAAUACCCUGUGAAAGUUGACAUCAUAGCUUUGGUUUUUUUUCACCUCUAAUACAUGUGAUUAUGUCAGGUAAAAGAAGGUCUAUAUGAUUUUUAUGAUGAGAGAGAAGCGAGGGUGAGAAUGAUGCUUUUUGCUUUUUUUUUAACCAGCCUUUCCAGCAAUACUCAGUUGCUGUUUUUUCUGUUUGAGCCUGGAGCAGGAGGCUUCCGUUCUUUGGUAUCUCUUCAUCUUCUUUAGAUCAUUCAAGCUGUCUCCUUCUCUAUUAACCUCCUGAAUUCGGGCUUUCUUUUUCUCUUUCCUUUAUUUCUUUUUAAGUCAUUUUAGCCAUGGUUUUAGCAGAGAUGCUGACAAUGAAACUAGUCCAUUGUCUACUUCUCCCAGUUUUCUUAUUUACUACCUACAUUCCCCAAAUUUGUCUGUAAUUUAUGAGCCGGUCUUGUCCUUUCUCUAAACGGGUUGAUUUCUGCUACUGCGGAGGAGGGUCAUCAGAAAAAAAACCAGGACGCAGAUCAUAGCAAGCCUUCACAAGCAGGUUUUGAAGCAGUGGGAGUGUUAAUUGAUUGAAGCAGGGGCAGUUCUCAUCUCCUAUUGUUUUCCUUUCGGUUUUCUUAUCUUUGGAGUCGGUUAUUUCUUUUGGGGUUCAAUCCUUGCCUCAAAAAAAAGAUCAGAUAUUUGCCUCUAUAAACUAGUGUACAGCAGGUACAGAGAAGAAGGAAAAAAAAAAGAGAAAAAUUGAGGUCCUUGGUAUCAGGAUGAGAGAUUUCCCUUCUUGCUUUGGCGAAAAUGGGGUUCAAGUUGCGGAUUCCUCUUCCAAUGCCAGCAAAACUGCUCAAAAUUUGGUUACAUGCGUUUACCGGAGUAGAUUACGCGGCCGGUCUUGCUUGAUUACUGUUACAUGGAGCAAGAACCUGAUGGGUCAAGGCCUUAGCGUUGGGAUCGAUGAUUCUACCAACCAAUGUCUCUGUAAAGUUGAUAUAAAACCCUGGUUGUUCUCCAAGAGAAAAGGGUUCAAGAGUUUAGAGGCAGAUUCUAGUAAAGUUGAUAUAUACUGGGACCUCUCAUCGGCUAAAUUUGGAUCCAGCCCUGAGCCAUUGGAAGGCUUCUAUCUGGCUGUCGUCUUUGAUCGGGAGAUGGUUCUCCUCCUUGGGGAUUUGAGUAAGGAGGCAUACAAGAAGACCAGCGCGGCGCCUGUUCCUUCCAGUGCUAUUUUCAUCGCUAAGAGGGAGCACAUUUUCGGAAAGAGGGUUUAUGGCACCAAAGCGCAGUUCUGCGAUAAUGGACAGAUCCAUGACGUUACGAUCGAGUGUGAUACGGUUGGUCUGAACGACCCCUGCCUCUUGAUCCGCAUAGACACUAAGACGGUGAUGCAAGUGAAGCGCCUCAGAUGGAAGUUUCGUGGAAACCAAACUAUUUUGGUUGAUGGGCUUCCAGUUGAAGUUUUCUGGGAUGUCCACAACUGGCUCUUUGGUCCAGCUCUUGGAAGUGCAGUUUUUAUGUUCCAGACUUGCCUUUCCGCUGAGAAGUUGUGGGGCAGCCAUACGUCCUCUGAUCCCACUAUAAUUCCUUGGUCUUGCUCGCAAAUAUUUAGAGAUUCCCAAUUACAGGGCCUUGGUUUUUCACUGAUUUUGUAUGCUUGGAAGAAUGAGUAAAGGUGUAUUCCUCCUCGUUGAGUGCUAACAAUAUUUUUAGUGAGUGAUUAUUUUUGUUAACGAUGUGCUUGAAUUACAUUAAAUGUGAUUUAUAGGUGGCUUCAUUCGUUUCUCCUCAAACUUUUCUCACCUCAAAGUCUAAAUUAAAUUGAAUAAUUCAAAUAGAUCAGUAAUGAUAUGAUUUUUAUUAA